ACACACUUCCUGGACUUGGGGGGGGCAAAGGGGGGCUGGCAUAUGAGAGGGCGACAGCAGCAAUUUGUGUAAAAACACACAACUUGACACAACUCCGAAGUUUGAAGCCAAACUAUGGCGUCGCUUCUCCGCUGGAUCCAGCUUUGUACCGUCGCCUGGCUCGCGUCCAUGUCAGCCGGGUCCGACUCGGAAGCCAUUUACACGGUCCACCGCUCCGAGGUCUCCUUCGAGCAAGCCCUGCGGGAAUGUCAGCCCCACGACCUCGCCACCUUCGCCACCCAGCAGGAGCUCGCUCAGCUCCUUCACGUCACGUCCAGGUCUCAUUCGCGACACGGCAAAAGGACUUUCUGGGUCGGACUGAGGAAGGCCAAGAACCAGUGUGUGGUUCCAUCGCUGCCGCUCAGAGGCUUCGUGUGGACCACGGACGGGGGUGCAGACGUGCACGAGAGUCACUGGGAGGAGGAGCCAGAACACACGUGCACGUCGGUUCGCUGUGCAGCGCUCGUCACCCACUUGGACGGGUCCGGUCUGACCAGCUGGGGUCUGGUCCCGCUGAGCUGCAGAACUCGGAACCCAUUCAUUUGCCGGCUGGGGUCCGGACGAGCUGGACUCCGGGACGCAAACACCACGGCUAACCCAGAACUGAGUGGACCUGAAGCACCAGAACCAUCUGAACCUUCAGCAGCAGAGCCAGAAGAACCAAAACCAUCUGAACCAUCAGGACCAGAAACAUCUGAGCCAGAAGCUCCAAAACCUGCUACUCCCGAACCAGAAUCACCGGAACAGGCUGUACCAGAACCAUCAGAACCUGAAACAGCUGAACCAGGACCACCAGCACCAGCACCUACUGAUCCUGAAGAAGCAGGACCGGCAUCACGUGGGCUAGAACCAACAGAACCUUCACAUCAGGGAAGACCCGACGAGGAAGGACCCAAACCUGGUCUUCGCCCGUGUCGCUGGCCCGUCGUGCCCGGAGCACGCUUCCUCAGUCUGGACCCUGACAACGGCACCAGGAUCCAUGUGGACUGCUGGUCCACGGUCCGGCUGGCCUUGCACUGUUCGGGUCGGCCCGCCAUUUGGCGUAUGUCCAACCAUGCCGCCGCUAACCUCAGCUCUGUGUGCGUGCCGUGUGGACCCGGGUUCCUCAAGGACGCCUCGGGCGAGUGCACGGACGUGGACGAGUGCGCCGCAUCGCACGGGUGCGCGCACGCGUGCGUGAACACGGUGGGCUCGUACACGUGCGUGUGCACCGACCUCGACGGCCGACAGAGUCCGGAGGACUCGGCGGAGUGUGCGCCAACGGAGACCGGCGCCGCUGGUCCUUUCUCAGGCGUCCUCAUCCCGACGUUGGUGGCCGUGGCGUUGCUGGUGGUGCUGGUGGCGGCCAUCUUGGUGACGCUCAAGUGCUGCUUGAGGAGGCGCAACAAUAAGAACGGAGAAGGCCCCGCUCCGAAUAAGAUGGCGACAUGAGUGGGUCAAAGGUCACUGAUUGCAUCAUACUGAUGUAUACGGGACUAAAAAAAAAAAAGGUUUGUUGUUAUGAUAUGUGUUGAUAUGUAUGUUAUAAUCGGGGGGAGGCAAUUAUGAUGAAAACUAAAAAAACACCAAAUAAAUAUUCAUAUUUGUCCAUUGAACUGUGUUAUAAUGUAUAGUUUUUUUUUGGGGGGGGGGGCUAGUUUUAGCUAAUGACCCAUCUUAGCGUGUAGAAUGCAGUUUGCACAGACCAGUUUUUCACUUAAUUAAUCUUGAUUAAUCACAUGCAACUAUGUGUCAAUUUUUGCUGUAUUUUAUGCACAAAAAGAUAAAUAACAGGACACAAUUACAUAUACAUUUGUAUGUAUUAACAGCUUAAAAUAAACUAAACAAAAUAAAAACAACGUCUAAAAAUCCCUCUAUAAUAGCACAACACUAUUUAACCGAAUUGUGUGAAAUGAAGAGUGUGUCUGUGGUUUCCGUGCACACCUCAAUGCAUCAAAUCGUAUUUCCGUGGUAAGGGUUACGUUAAUGAACGAUAACAAUGUCCCCUUAUUGUUUUUCUUUGUCUUUCUGUUUAUUUACACAGCACCUACGCACACAAGUAAGACUUUGUUCAGAGUUACGUUAGUGAACGAUAUGAAUGUCCACUUAUUGUUUUUCUUUGCCUUUGUGUUUAUUUCCACCGCAUAUACGCACACGAGUAAGACUUUAUUGUGAUUUUCGGCGCGUCCAUGAAUGCAUCUCGGAGCUGUCUCGAGACAAUGAGGAAGUGUGUUCUGUGGAUGACUAGAGAUAUGGUUUGUGAGUCGGUGAGAUAGAUAUAUGGUGUUUAACUGCCACUGCUGUUGAUGUGUUGAAGUCAGAAUAAAGUUAUAAACGAGCGUUCGAC